AGUCUUUGUUUGGACAUAGUGGCUCGCUUGCAGCAGGAGUACACCGCUACUAGUGCAGAUUCAGAAUAUUCCACUUUUUAUAUAUAUCAGUGGGAUUAGACAUGACUCGUGUUAAUUACUGUGAAAAAAAAGCAGUAGUUUGAUAAGUAGUAGUUAUAAACAAAUUGUGUUGCGGUUUUGUAUUGUUUGUGUCUCUUCCAUUGCUGUAACUUACAGUGGAUGUGUGAGUAGCUAACGUUAUAGGAACGUUAGCAUAUCGUUGGCCGACUGACUGGAACAGUUCCUAGCAGCUUAAAUGUAGUUUAUUCAACACAGCACAACAAGAAAUCCAGCAUCAAGCCCUGCUGCUAGCGGGACUAACACAAUCUGUCCACCCUGGACCUCAUCAGACCCCUCUUAUUCUGGGACAGGAAGGACACGGCGACCCUGGACCACAUCAAACCAUGCUGGUAUUGGGACAAAAAGGACUUGGCCCACACUCCAUCCCAGUCAGAGGGACUGGACCCUGCCACUGAGGCCCGGUACCGCAGAGAAGGGGCUCGGUUCAUCUUUGAUGUGGGCACACGGCUCGGAUUACACUAUGACACACUGGCUACUGGAAUUGUUUACUUCCAUCGCUUCUACAUGUUCCACUCCUUCAAGCAGUUUCCUAGAUAUGUGACAGGAGGAUGCUGCCUUUUCCUAGCAGGCAAAGUGGAGGAAACUCCAAAGAAGUGCAAAGACAUCAUCAAGACAGCUCGCAGCCUGCUUAACGACAUCCAGUUUGCACAGUUCGGAGAUGAUCCCAAGGAGGAGGUGAUGGUGUUAGAGCGCAUCCUGCUCCAGACCAUCAAGUUUGACCUGCAGGUGGAGCAUCCUUACCAGUUUCUUCUGCGCUAUGCUAAGCAGCUCAAAGGUGACAAGAACAAGGUACAGAAGCUGGUUCAGAUGGCCUGGACUUUUGUGAAUGACAGCCUUUGCACUGUGGUGGCCCUGCAGUGGGAGCCACAGAUCAUAGCGGUGGCUGUUAUGUAUCUGGCUGGACGUCUCUGUAAAUUCGACAUCCAGGACUGGACCUCCAAGCAGUCGUCCCGGCGCUGGUGGGAGCAGUUCGUCCAUGAUGUGCCUGUUGAGGUGCUGGAAGAUAUCUGCCACCAGAUCCUGGACUUGUAUUCUCAGGCUAAGCAGCAGAUGCCUGAUGGAGGGACAGGGACUGGGGAAAAUCUCCCUCCACCUUCCAUCCUGUCCCCUUCAGCCCCACCACCGGUGAAAAAGGCCUCCCCUCAAACCAGCCCCAGACCGCCUAGACCAGCCCAGCCCUCUCCCAAAGAUGACAGCAAGGCUGCUAAGCUCACAAGUCUAGAACCUCCUCCACCUCCUCUUCCACCCCCUCCUCCUCCUCCAGUCUCCAUAAACCCAGACCAUAAACCCCCUUCCUCUUACCCACCAGCCCCAGAUCUCCCCUCUAAACCACCCCCUCCACCCUUACCCCACUGCCCACCUCCACCACCUCCUCCGCCCAAGGACCUCCCCACCUCUAGCUCCCUGCUGUCCAGUGAAGGCUACCAGAAGCUCCAGUCCAUGAUGACGACAGAGGGCUCCUGUUACACUGUACCUCAGGCCUGUGUUCCACCACUGGCCUACCACCACUACCCCCCAGGCACCACCUCCUACCAUACUCCCCCGCUCUCAGCCUACAGCUACCUGCUUGCACCUCCACCACCUUCAGUCAUGGGGAUGGCACCUAGUUUGAGUGGUGGAUACCCCCCACCAUCAGCUGCUGGACACAAUCAGCUACCCCCUCCGCUGCCACCCGGGAUGCCCCCUGUCAGCGGGCUGAGUCGGAGUACAUGGAUGAGAUAAGGGCAGCUAAGACAGCAAAAAGUUCAGAUGAAAUGUUUUAAAAUAGUUCCAAUUGAUAUCACCACAGCAGGCAACUUUAAUGGUCUUGAGCUUUUUAAAGCUGCAGUUGGUAAUUAGAUUAAGUUAAUUGUUGAGUCUCAUUCCCAAGUCGUCAAAUACAGACUUGGAAUGAAACUCAACUAUCUUCCAGCUUCUGACCCAAAGCAUCUUUUUAUCUUUCUCGGCUCUGAUUUGUUGUUGGUUAGUUUUUGGUCGGGCCCGAUGGAUUUUUGCAAAUUACAUUAGGAGCAUUAGAAUGAGCCAGACAAACUUGAUUUCUUUUCACAGAUUAUCUGUCUCGUGUACUACUGUCAGGAUAAAGUGAAGGUUUCAGCAAGUAUGACAAAGUUAUUUUUUAUAAAAGUUACCUACUGCAGUUUUAAGAUACGGACUUCCAGUGUUCUCAGUUCUUCAGAAAGUCUUCAUUAAUCCAGGAGGAUACGGAGCAGAUAACAAUAGGAAAGAAAAUGCAGCUAAUUGUGCCAAUUUCUUGACAGUUAAUAGAGACAUGGAUGGACGAUUGUUAAAUAAAUGUUUUCGUUUAGCUCUCUUCUUUUUUGCACAACAUAUAUAUAUAUGUCAUAACAGUAUUCACAUUGGUUGUAUCAUCUGCUCAGAAAUUCUUUAUUACUAAGAAUUAUUAAGAACACAAUUUCGUUGUUGUUUUGCCAUGUGGGAACAUCAGGAAAAUGUCUUACUCAUAAACCAAAUAACAUUAAGGGGGUUGUGUUAUUUGGUUUAUCAAUAAGGCAUUUCUGGUGUUUAAUAAAGUUUCAUGUUGUUGUCAACCAACUUUUGUAUGUAAACAUGCAAUGUUGUAAAUACAUAAGCACACCCUUUCAAAAUGCUUUGGAUGUUUGUUUUUUUACUGUAAGAAUGUAAUAAACCACAAAGAAUAGAA